UUGUUCUCGGACAAGAACAUUUAUUCACAGACAUCCGUUUAUUUAAAGACACCACACGACUCCGUUCUGUCUUCUUCCCCACAACCAUCAACAUUUCCCCAAUUUUGGUAUCUCUCGACUCCACUAAUUCAACCUUUUCAACCAAAGACUCUACUCAACAUCACAGCCAUGCCUGGAAAGCACGGUGGCUACUGUCCAUGUGACUUCCGCUACAUCCCCGACAGUACUGGGUAUACGUGCGAAGGAGGCCAACACAGACUUACUAAAGCUGGCGAAGAGUGGUACGAAAAACGAGAGAACGAGAGAGAGCGCCAGAAGGAGAGAGGGCGUCAGAAGGAGAGAGAGCGUCAAAAGGAGAGAGAGCGCCAGAAGGAGAGAGAUCGGGAAGUUUGGCGAGUCCAAGAGGAAGAGAAACAGAAGUCUGACCUUGAGAACGAAAGGCGAGAAGCUUUGGCUCGUGUGAGAGGUAAUCUUGAGGCACCACCUGCUACUGUCGCAUCUUCGUCUCGGGGCGAGAGAAGAGCCCGAGCCCCACCUCCUGAGGAGCCGGUUGAUGAACUAGACGCCAAUCCGAUGGCCAUGCCGUGGUUGGGGACUCCUGGCCCUGCCGAGAAGGUGCGGGAACAGGAGCUCGUCCGUGCAAGAAAGCCGAACAAGCCGCAGGAAUAA